CUCAUAUUCAUAUUUGCGGUUGAUUCUGCAUACCUAGAACACCUUUCUACAUAUUACCAUAGUUAUCUUAUUGAAGAUUAUAAUACUGCACGAAACCCUAGAAUAUUCUUAAGUACUGCACCCUAUUAGCAUUUUCGAACCCACAAGAAUGACACUACCUUCAGAUUAUUAUGCCGUUCUUGGCGUACCAUCCACUGCAACCCAGCAACAGAUCCGCAAUGCCUACAAAAAAGCAGCUUUAAAAACUCAUCCCGAUCGGGUCGCCUCAGACUCUCCCGAACGUGCGGAAAGAACCCGUAAAUUUCAACAAAUUAACGACGCAUACUAUACCCUCUCUGAGCCCACUCGUCGUCGCGAUUACGACGCUGCCCGUACAUACCAUGGAUUUGGCUCUGGAGCCUCCACAGCCUCUACAUCUAUGGAUGACGACGAAGAAAUUCCCGAUCCAUCUGCUGGAUCUGGUGGAUUCCCUUGGUCUAGUUUUGGCUUCUCCUCGAAAGCGAAGAAUCCAGAGGAAGAAGAGAAGUUUCAAGACGCACAAUUUGGAGAUGUGUUUGAAGAGAUGUUGAGAGAAGAGGGAAUGGCAGAGAAUAAUAAUUCUCCUACUGGGAAGUUUUGGAGUAUGGUGGGUGGAUUGAGUGGAGGGGCUAUGGGUUUUAUCGUUGCGAAUUUUCCGGGGAUGUUGGCCGGAGCUGUGGCAGGGAAUAGAUUGGGUGCUGUGAGGGAUGCGAGAGGAAAGAGUGUAUAUUCUGUUUUCCAGGAACUUCCUCAAGGUGACAAAGCAAGACUAUUAAGUCAGCUCGCCGCAAAGGUUUUCAGUCAUGCUGUAGGCUCAUGAAUUAUGAUUUGUCACGAGUUUGAAGAGAUAUCUUUUGCGUUGAACUUAUUGAUAAUGGAGCAGGCGUUAGAGGUUUACAGGAUUAGGGUAUUGGGUAUUGGGUACAGUUGAUACAAUACAGCAAGCGAAUAGGAGAUUUAUAUGACGGUCAGGUAGCGUGGAUAGGUCAAAUUAUGUAUGUAGAUAUCCAAUAAAGCAGUAAAAUGAGCUCGGAUUUUCAUCCUCGCAAGGUGAAUCAGGGGAUGUGCGAAGGGGCAGAACCGCUAACGGAGAAGAAACCAGACAGGGUAAGCGGAUAGUUAAUCCAGGCAGUAUUUGAAAAUGUAUUCAUUCAUGCUCAUCG